CCUCCUCAGUGAGGGCUGCACAGCUGGCGAUUUACAGACCGCUACGCUGCAAGAGUAAUUGGCUGCUAGGUGGACCACUGCCCCGCAAACUGGACCCGUGUUUGAUGGAGGAGAUGAAUUAGCACAAAUACUGGGAUAUUUAUUUAUUUUUUGUCUUUUGGGGGGUUCCCUUUAUAAACCUCUGGAUCACCAAAAAUUUAAGACCCAGCUCCCUCCUCUCCACUGCAACCGUUAUAACCUGCUCAUACUGGAAACAUAAGUUGAGAUAAUGGAGAAGUCAAGAUGCAGGCAACAGUUAGCCUUCAGCCUUCUGUUCGGGUUGUGGUUACCUUCCUGUUUGGCCCAAACCACACCGUCAAAUGCACCCACGCAGGCACCCACACCAUCCCCGUCUCCCAAGCUCCAGACCGAACGGCUAAAGGUCAGACUGGCUGGAUACCCCCGAAAACACAACGAGGGUCGGAUAGAGCUUUUCUACAAGGGAGAGUGGGGAACCAUCUGUGAUGACGACUUCUCAAUAACUAACGCCAACGUGCUUUGUCGCCAACUGGGUUUCGUCUCAGCCACAGGAUGGACCCACAGUGCCAAAUAUGGCAAGGGCCAAGGGAAAAUCUGGCUGGACAACGUGCAGUGUAACGGAGGUGAGAAGAGCAUUGAAUUCUGCAAGUCCCGCGGUUGGGGCAACAGUGACUGCACUCAUGAUGAGGAUGCCGGAGUUGUGUGCAAAGACGAGAGGAUUCCUGGCUUUGUGGACUCGAAUGUUAUUGAUGCUCACAUUGAUGAGAACAAGAUAGAGGAGGUGCGACUCCGACCCGUGGUCGCCAUGGCCAAAAAGAAGCUGCCCAUUGCGGAGGGUGUGGUGGAGGUGAAAUACAAAGACGGCUGGGCACAGAUCUGUGACCUGGGAUGGACGAUCAAAAACACACGCGUGGUCUGCGGCAUGCUGGGAUUCCCGCAUGAGAGGAAAGUCAACAAGAACUUCUACAAGUUGUAUUUGGAGCGUCAGAAGAACUACUUCCACAUUCAUUCUGUGGCGUGUACGGGCACAGAGGUGCACCUGGCAGCCUGCCCCCUGGAGUUCAGCAAGCCAAACACAACAUCGUCCUGCGAGGGCGGCAUGGCGGCUGUGGUUAGCUGCAUGCCGGGCCCGCUGUUCAUGCAAAACAGUGGCUUGAAAAAGAAACUUAAAACUUCGAGCACAGUAAGACUGAAGGGAGGUGCCAGGCUGGGCGAGGGUCGGGUGGAGGUGCUGAAAGACAACGAGUGGGGAACGGUGUGUGAUGAUCGCUGGAACCUGCAGUCAGCCAGCGUUGUCUGCAGGGAGCUUGGCUUCGGCAGCGCCAAGGAGGCUCUCACCGGAGCACGCAUGGGACAAGGAAUGGGUCCAAUCUACAUGAAUGAGGUGAAGUGUCUCGGUCAGGAGAAGUCCAUCUGGAACUGCCCCUUUAAAAACAUCACAUCGGAGGACUGUCAACACAUGGAGGACGCCGCCGUCCGCUGCAGUGUGCCCUAUAUGGGAUUCGAGAACUUGAUCCGAAUCACAGGAGGACGGACCCGUUACGAGGGCCGUUUGGAGGUGCUGAGCUCAGACUCUAACGGGACGCAGAGCUGGGGUCUGAUCUGUGGAGAGACCUGGAGCACCAGGGAGGCCAUGGUGGCCUGCAGGCAACUGGGCUUGGGCUACGCUAACCAGGGCCUGCAAGUAGGUUAUUAACACCUCUGAAGCCAACUUUCUGCAGCAGAGCAGAGGUGCUUUGACCAGCGGGUCGUCUUUUGGUCUAUUUGACAUAUGCAAAUAUAAUAUACUGUCAUGAACACUCACUGGCCAAUUUAACACAACAAAAGAAAAUGUCAUUCCUGUCAUUUCAUGACAGUUAACUCUACAUAAACAUGUUCAAAUAUAUUCAGUAUUUCUGUUCAGUAACAGAUUCAAACAUAUUGCUAACAUGACUACAAAUUCUGGUGUAUAUUUUUGGAAUAUACUUGAACAUGCCUGUAUUAAUGUCUGACAGUACAUUAUAAGUUCCAUAUGGAGUAGAUGUCUCUUUUCCUACACGCAGGAACAUGAUUCUGUUUUGGUCUUUUCUAUGCGGCCAGACCAAAACAGACACACAUGAAGUUUCUAAUUAAUCUCAAAAGCCACUCACCACUAAUUCAAAAUGGUGACCUCAUCUGGAAACCCUGUUGACGUUCUCCAUGCCAAGAAAGUCUAACCAAGUUUCUGCUUCAGCAACACAAUCUCCACUGCCUGAUGACUGUAUAUGAACAAGUUUUAGUUUCAGCCCAGACAGUUUAGAGACAGAACAGGAAGUGUGUCCCCUCACUGACUCCCAGCAGGGCAUUUCUGCAGAUCCGGAUAGUAGGCGGCCGGUCCAAUUAUGAGGGCCGGGUGGAGGUACAGGUUGGGUCCAAGUGGGGCACAGUGUGCAGCACAGGCUGGACCACAAAGGAAGCCAUGGUGGUUUGCAGGCAGCUAGGGCUCGGCUACUCCAUGCAUGCCAUCACUGUAAGUAGGACCGAAGACUUAAAUGAAGAUUCCACUAUGAGAUAUUUAAUGAACAAAUGUAUUGUUUACAGGAUAAGCUUCUUGAGAUGCAUCACGAACAACAGCAUGACAAACAAUAAUUACAAAAGUAAACAUUAGAAGUAGGAGCAUCUUGAUUUUUAAUAAAGAUAAGUGAAGAAAUAAGCCUAGUGUUGAAAAAUGGAAAAGGAAAGGAAUACAUUGAAAAUUAAUAUGAACGAAUGAAUUUGAUUUAGAGACUUAAAGAGCUUCAUACAUGAUCACAGUGAUUGGUAUGACAUGGACAUUUAAAAAUAUGCCUGCUAAACUAUUGUAAAUGACAUUUAAAGGUAAAGAAACAGGACUCAGUAUCAAGUUUUGACAUUCGACACCAACAGUUUAUCAAACUGUGCCUUAAAAUAUUCAAAUGAUUUAUAGUUCCAUCUUGAAGCAAUCAUGAUUCUUUUUUGAGUAAAAAUCCACAUAAAAAUGUACCUUUAAUUACGGGCUCAUUUUGAUUGUUUUAUUGGAUCAAUAUGAGGUAUUUCCAGUACUUGCAUAACCAAAUUCAGUUUGAUAUAAAUAGAAAAUGCUAGAUACUUGCUGACUUUGCCAUAGCACCCAAUACUGCCUCCCAGCAGUAUAAUCGCAGCUGUAAACUGUGUUUAAUUUCAAAGCAGUAACCUGGGAGGAAAUUACACUAAAACAAAAUAAAUAUAUUUAAACAGCACCAAUAAACGUCAGGUUUUGGUGUC